UAACAGCUAACAGUCUCACCAGAUUUGCAAAUUGCAAUCUUUGCUUGGCCCUUGAGAACGCGCUAACUGCUAAGUUACGCGAGGGAUGCGCAGUGCGCACCCUCUAUCGUCUCUUCUUUUUUCUUCUUCUUCUUCUUCUUCUUCAGAGUUUAGCCAGUUGAAUUGAACUAGUAGCUUUCUUUUAAAAUUAAAAUUAGAAUCAUUAUCGUUUAUCACACUCCAACAACGCCUUUCGCUCUUACCACCCUCGCGGGUCAUUUUCUUGGGAAAACUCGUUUCCACCAAGAAAAUCGAUUUCCCUGGAAACAAACACUCGCGAAUCUCCGAUGCGACUCGUUUCACUUUAAUUCGAUGAUGAUCGCCACUAUAUGCCGCCCUGUGCGUUCCCCGUGGGAGGAACCAAUGGAUCGCUGCUUCCGAUUUUUUCCAUGCCUCGCCGAUCCUGGUCGAAGGUCUUCGUUGUGCUUGAAGUUGUGCUUAGUGACGAUUCACCUGAUUUAUGCUGGCGUGCUCUUCUUGUUCGAUGGGGAUUUGAUAGAAAGGACUAAGAAGGAGCCGUGGUACACUGCUUUAUACUUGCUGCUGUUCGUUGUUACUUUGAUACAAUACUUUGCUACCUCUCUUUCUUCUCCAGGCUAUGUACUUGAAGCCAUGCUGACUGUUAACGAGAGAAGUGCAGCGAACAGAAAGGCACCAGAAACAUCGAAAAAUGGGAGCUACGUAAUUUCCACAGAGGGAAAUCUGAUUGCAAGAAAUGGUUCAGGAAGCUAUUCAUCAUCUUGGUCGAAGUUGGUGGCUGACUUGUAUCCUUUCUCGAUCAGAACAUGGACAUGCACCUACUGCAAUAUGGAGCAGCCUCCACGAGCAAAACAUUGUCAUGAUUGUGACAAGUGUGUUCUUCAGUUUGAUCAUCAUUGUGUUUGGCUUGGUAACUGCAUUGGCCAGGGUAAUCACUGUAAAUUUUGGUGGUACCUUUUUGAAGAGACAGCAUUGUGCCUUUGGACUGGUGUCUUGUAUAUUUCAUACCUGAAGGCUCACAUUACAAGGGUUUGGUGGCAGGAUGCGAUCAUGAUAAUUCUCUUGAUCACUCUGUUAGUUUGUCUCGUCUUUCUUCUCCUCCUACUGCUAUUCCAUAGUUAUCUUAUUUUAACAAAUCAGACUACCUUUGAACUUGUAAGGAGAAGACGGAUUCAUUAUCUAAGGGGAAUUCCGGAAAGAGUGCAUCCAUUCAGUAGAGGAGUUCGUAGAAAUUUAUACAAUUUCUGCUGUACAAGGAGCACCAUAUACGGAGUCGAACCAUUGCCUACCCCUGAAGAGAUAGAGGAAAAAUCAAGGCCGUACACAUGCUUGGAUGCUGUAACUUGUCGAUGUUGUUGAUGGUUUUUGUACAAGUAGAAGUCUUUCCGUCUAGUAGUUUAAUCGUGAAAACUCAGAAGUAUGUCGAUGUACCCUUUUGCUUUAGAUGGGUAGGUGUUAUCUUUAGGCAAUUUGCUUCAUGACAUCUUCUGUUCUUCAUUUUUUCCCUAAAUUUUGGAGGUAGAGUUCCAAGUUAGAUGUACAGUUGCAGUGCUAUUGUGUUGUUUUGUUUUUACUGUUUAGUCUGUAGACCUGGAUAUCCAGCUAUUAUCAAACCGACUACUGCCUGGAACGCUAGAGACAGAGAAUUUAUUUUAGUUAGUUGCAUGCCAUGGUGGGCGUUGGCCCCCCUCAACACUUAUUACAGUCUCAUGAAUUCACUGUUAUUUUACCCCCA